ACUCCCACUGCGUUUCUCUCAUUGUUACUGUUCUAUUCACUUUUGUUUAUAAAUAACGAUUCAGAUUCUACCAUUCAGAUUCCUCCCACCACUCACUCCCCAUCUCAUCACUCUUUUUAUUCCCAGAAAAAAUAGUGACAAUAUAUACCAUAUUAUAUAAUUAUAUAAUAAUAAUAAUACUAUAGUGCAUGCAACCACUUGGUAAAGCACAUAUUCUGUUUCAAGUGUCUUCACCAUUCUCUGUUUUCUUAAUUCUCUUUCUAUAUUCAGUUUUAUAACUCAACUAACAAACUAUGAGUCUAUUCUUACAUCACCGACAUUAUCCUCAACCCAUCUUAUGCUUCUUACUCUUCGUAAUUUUCAAAGGGGUUUCAGUUUCAGGGGCUAAAUUUACGUUUUUGAAUAAUUGCGAUUACACAGUGUGGCCCGGAAUUUACGGAAAACCUGAAAUUGGAAGCACAGGAUUCGAACUCACGAAAGGAAGUUCUAGAACCUUUCAAGCACCAACCGGUUGGUCCGGUAGAUUUUGGGCAAGAACCGGUUGCCAAUUCGACAAUUCCGGCCGAGGAACUUGCUCCACCGCUGACUGCGGCUCCGGGGAAAUCUCCUGCAACGGCGCAACAGCCUCACCGCCGGCGACUCUCGCCGAAUUCACACUCGGUUCCGGUUCCAUGGACUUCUACGAUGUUAGCCUCGUCGACGGUUACAAUCUCCCGAUGACAGUGGCCGCAAGCGGCGGUACCGGUUCCUGCAACAUUACCGGUUGUAUAUCGGAUAUAAACCGGAAGUGUCCGUCGGAAUUGAGAGUGGAAGGUGGUGGCGCGUGUAAUAGUGCUUGUGGCGCGUUUGGGAAACCUGAAUAUUGUUGUAACGGUGCGUUUAGUAACCCUUCCACGUGUAAGCCUUCUGUGUAUUCACAAAUGUUCAAAUCAGCGUGUCCUAAAUCUUAUAGCUACGCUUAUGAUGAUGCCACUAGCACUUUUACUUGUUCGGAUGCUGAUUAUAUAAUCACAUUUUGUCCUAGUUUAAUCCCUGAAUCGGCUCCUAGAAUUCCGAAGGAACCUGAUUCGGCUUCGGAGGCUGGCUCGGAGCAAACGGAAUUGGCUUCAGCUUCGUGGCUAGCUGAUAUGGCUACGGCUACGGCUACAGGGGGAUCUACGAGAAGUGGAGCUUCAAUUGUUUCUUUGUUAUUGUUGGUGGUUGGUUUUAUUUUUACUAUUUUUGGUUAAUAUUUUUUUUUAAUGUAUCCUUAUCCUUAUCUGUAUCUUCCUUUUAGAGAGAAUAGAAAUAUAUGGUUGGUAGAAUUAGUGUAAAUUGUUAGUUAAAUUAUGUGUAAAGUAUAAUAAGCAAUUCAAUCAUUUGUUGCAAAGUUUUGUCAUUGUGGUUGGUUAAUUGUUGUGAUGAAUUGUUUAAUUAUGAGCCUAUGGAAUUGGAGGACAAAGUGGGGAUGGGGGAAUGAAGCACAUUGUAUUGAUUUUAAGUGUCAA